ACCGUCCAUUGCGCAGGAUGCUCGAGCAUGGCUUCCUGAACCUGUGCAAGCCAAAGGGCAUGACGUCGCACGCGUGCGUCGCCAAGCUGCGCUACCUCCUCAAGACCAAGCACAUUGGCCACGCAGGAACGCUCGAUCCGAUGGCCACGGGCGUCCUCCCGAUCGCUGUGAACCGCGCGACCAAGUUCAUCCAGUUCUUGCACAAGGCCAAGGCCUACGACGGGACGAUCCGGUUCGGCGUGACGACCGACUCGGACGACAUUACGGGCAUCGUUCUCCUCGAGUGCCCUGUGCCCGAGCUGACACACGCCCGCGUCGAGGCUGCACUUCGAGGGUUUGUCGGCAACAUCAUCCAGCGCCCGCCGGUGGUCAGCGCGAUCCGCGUCGACGGCGAGCGGCUUUACCACUUGGCCCGCACCGGCAAAGCGACGCUGGAGGACGUGCCCCUGCGGCACGUGACGGUCAAUAGCAUUCAGCUGCACACAUUUACGCCCGGCGACUACCCCGAGGCGACGAUCUCGGUCGACUGCAGCGAGGGCACGUACAUCCGGUCGAUUGCGCGCGAGUGCGGCGAGGUGCUUCUCGUGCAGAACGGCGACAUCCCCGCCGGCGCGACGCUCGCCGCGCUCCACCGCACACGCAGCAACGGCCUCACGCACGAGUCGAGCGUGACGCUCGAGCAAGUCGAGCGCGGCGUCCAGGAUGGAACUUUGGUGUUGACGCCACCGGAAGCCCUCCUUCAGCACCUGCCGCGAAUUCACAUGUCGCCCGCCGUCGAGCGUGUCUGGCGCAACGGCCAAGCGCUUCUGUGGCCAUUGGGCGAUGUCAUGGACGCGACGCCGUCAACAAGUCCCAUGCCGACCGCUGUCUACAGCGACAGCAGUGUGUUUCUCGGCGUCACGACGCUGACGCUGGACGCCAACGCGUCACGUUACUCGAUUACGGGGUCGCGUCUACAGCUGCAUCCGUAGACAUAAAGUCCUCGGCGCGGAAGUUCUGCGCAGCACGAAUCUGGCGCAGCCACUCGUCGCGGAGCGCGGUCGACGACACGCGAAACGUUGCCGACCGCGGCGCUUUGGCAAUGACGCGCUUGGGUAGAAUGUACUUGGACUUGGGCAGCGCGGCUUCCAACAACGCGAGAUUCUCCUUUGCUUCUUUGUCC